GUCCUCGGCACCGAAUUACAUUAAAUAGAGUGUAGAUUUCAAAGUAAGACAGGACAUUUUAUGUGAUUAGAUAUGGAAGGUAUACUAAAGAAAAAAGUUUCAAUAAUGAGAGGUUUCGAAGACAAAUGGUUUAAACUAACGGAGAAUGGAUUUUUGGAAUACUAUGAGGUUAAACCUUCAACCAUAUCACAGGAUACAGAUGUCCCAGCAAACCAGAUACCAAGUUGUGUUAGUGGUUUUGGCAUGAAAGCAGGGGGACUAUUUGAUACGAGAUGGGACAGAAGAUAUUUUGUGUUAUCUGACCGAGAAUUCCAAUUUUUCAUAUCAGAAACUGCAACUACUCCACAAAGAACGGUUCCAAUUGAAGAUGUGAAAGGUGUAGCUAAUUAUAAUGGAUAUCCGGGUAAGCAGACGGUUUUUCAACUGGUAACGAAACACAGAAUUUUCUUCAUUGAGGUAGAGACCCAAUUGGAAUUGGACAAAUGGACAAAAGAGCUGUCUUACUGUUUACGAAAAAGGGAACAGCUCUGGUUGAAUCCGGAUCUUCGUGUGAUGAAAGGAAGAAUUUAUAUUGGGUUAGCGAGACUAGCACCCGAUAAAGAUGACUGUACAUUCCGAAUUAUAACGAACAGUGGGGCGAAACAUAUUCUUCGAAGUACUCAGUUAACGGAUAGACAAAAGUGGAUUGAUACAAUAUUGGAAACACAAAAGCGUGUCAAUAAAGAUAUGGGAGCUGUAGGUCGAAAGUUUAGAUGUAAAGGAGAAAAGUAUUCAGUAAAAGAAACUUCAUCAAAAGAAGAUAUAAUAGAUUCAUCUCUUAAACGUUCCCAUUCAGUUGGAGGCGUACAUGGAAAAUUGGUCAAUCAGACGAUGACAGUAUUUGGUGAACCAGAGGACACUAACACGUUCUCAAAACAAAACUGUGAGUUGGUCGCAGCUAUAGAUUUCGGAUCUUCAGACUCUGGUUGCGCAUUUUCUCUAUGUUCCGAUUAUAAGUGUAACCCACUUCAUAUACAAACGGAAUCUUUAGGAGGCAAUGGUUCAGAAACAAAAAAGUCUCCAACCGUUCUCCUUAUGAACCCAGAUGGUGAAUUUGCAGCUUUUGGUAAAAUAGCUGAACAACAGUAUGAAGAACUUGCCUUAGAUGAAGAAGAUAAAAAAUGGUUUUAUUUUCGUCGAUUCAAAAUGCAGCUUUUCACAAAGAAGGGCUUGAAUAAAGAUAUGAUGCUUGAAGAUAUCAAUGGAAGAAAAAUGAAAGCAUUAGAUGUCUUUGCUUGUUGCAUUGAAUAUAUAAAGAAUAAAGUUUUCAAACGAGCCGAGGAGGCAGUGCGUGGUCUCACAGAAGAGCGGGUACAUUGGAUGAUAACAGUGCCAGCCAUUUGGAACGAAUCGGCCCGGCAGUUCAUUAUUGCAGCAGCUACAAAGGCCGGAAUAAAUCCAGAGCUCCUUACCCUUGUGUUGGAACCAGAGGCUGCAGCUGUAUUUUGUAAAUAUGUAAAAAUACAGAGGAGCGUAACUGAAAACGUGGCAAACCUGGAAGUUUUUGAACCGGGAUCACAAUUCGUAAUCGUAGACCUUGGAGGUGGUACAGUAGAUAUAACAUGUAACGAAGUUAUUGAAACCGGACAACUCCGAGAGAUUUACCAUGCAUCCGGGGGUCCAUGGGGUGGAAACAUGAUUAACCUAAGAAUAUGGAAACUUAUCCGAUCUAUAAUUGACACUGCUUCCUUUGAUGCAUAUAUGGAAGAGAACACAUAUUCAAAAUUGAGCCUUUUGAAAGAAAUAGAAGAAGAGAAAAUGAAAAUAAAACCAAAUGAGCAAGCUGCUUUUAAACUUCCAUCAUAUUUGUCUAACACAAAAAUUAAAUAUAAAGGAGCAGAAAUAAUAAAGGAUAAAAUUCAUAUUAAUCCUGACGUCAUUUCGAAAGUAUUUGAAUAUGCCACAGAGCAAGUGUGCAAUCAUCUUUCAAAGGUUUUAGCAAGAGAUGAAACACGGAGUGUUAAAGCUCUGUUGCUUGUUGGUGGAUACGCAUCCUCUGAAAUUUUAAAGGAAACAAUAAAAAAGAGGUUUAAUAAAUAUAACAUAAUUUUUCCCUUCACACCUGAAUUGAUAGUUUUGAAAGGUGCAGUUAUCAUGGGUCAUGAGAGUCGGCCUAUUAUUGGUCGCUUGGCCCGUUUUCAUUAUGGCUUGGCAGUACCCAACGGAUUGAGAAUUAUUCAGAAAAAGGGAACAACUCAUCUGCACACAGAAUUUUAUCAAGAACUAACUUUCCUUCCACUCAUAUCUAAAGGAACCCCAAUACGUAUCGGCGAAGAAGUAGCACAGUACAGUUUCAUUGUUACGAGUGAAGAGCUGACAGACGUUCAAAUUGGAAUUUUAAUUUGCGAAGAUGACAAAGCUCCGAGCAGUAUUGCAGAAAACAGCUGUACCCAAAUUGGACAAAUUGAGGCUAAAAUUCCAGCACUAAGUAAAUUGACAGAAAUGACGAUAAUCAUAUCAUGUGAUGAAACAGAGUUUAAGGUAACAGCUGUUAUAGACGAACUCGGGCAUAGAUUUUCAGCACGCUGUUCAUUUUUGCAUUAAUUUUCUUAUACUGAACAUUCUGUGCAGAUAAAGGAACAGUGUAGAAAUAACCGUUUCAUUUCACCAAAUUAAGAGUCUUUUCUUGUAAAUCAUUAAAUAGGUACAAGUAGCUUGUUGUGAAAAUAAACAAUUUCCAACUACUAAUACACAAAGGUUAUCCGUGUUUAAAUGGUUCGUAUUUCUAGUUUAUUUAUUGAUUCAAAUAACAAUAAUAAAUGUGCUUUAAAUGAAAGAGGUGCGUUUAUGUCCUUUUCGGCCUACGAAAAUAAAGUGUUACAAACUCAGAUAAUAUUGUGAUAAAUUUACAGCAUAUUUUCACACAUAUUUGCUUACUUGGAAAUAUUGAGCACAUGUAAGAACGCAUAGAAUAGCAUAAAACUUGAUGCCACAACUUCGUUUGAUGUAACGUUAUGGACCUUAAACUACUCGUUUUUAUUUUAACAUUACCUCAAAAUUAAAACAAACAUAAAUGACCAAAUAUUGACUUAUUGCACCGUGUCUAUUAAACAAUAAGUAAUAAGGAAAGAGUGUGUAUGAUCAGGCCAUGUUUUAUCCCCUAGAAUUCGAAAAUUAAAUCGUUGACAUUAAAACAUUUCCAUCAUAUAUCAUCCUUCCGAUGUUAAAAAGACUUGUCUGUCCGGAAAUAUAGUUUCGCAUUUUGCCUUACAUAUUUGCAGAGGGACUUCGCAUUUUUUCUUUUAAUACAAAACUACAGAAACUGCAAAAAAAUAUCCUCAUAUUAAGAUGUUGUAUUGAAAAUGUUGACAACUUUAUUAUACAACUGUGAUUUUUAUAACCACCCAGUAGAAAUUUCACACAUAUUCAGGACGAGAAAUAACCAACAAUACAUCCAGUGGGUGGGUUCUAUAAAAUGGGUCGACCAGACUAAAAGCCAGGUAAUUAGGAUUACAACAGAUAAAAGAGGAUAUAAUAGAUAGGGAUAGAAACAUUGUCCUGCAACAGGCCACCUACGAAACCCUGAGAGUUGUUAGAAUUGUACUUUUACGUGCAUAGAGCAUGACACUUUCUCUACACGCGCCAACAGAUUUAACGUCCAUGCCAUUCUGUCCGAACGUGUCUGGUCCAUGUCUAUAAAAGAAUACGUAAAAAUGAAAGAGUGGUUAUGAAAAGCCCUUUUUCCUCCUUGUUCGAAAAUUAAAUCUUUUAACAUAUCGAUCAUAUAUCAUCUUUCAGAUGUUCACAAGACAUGUCUGUCGGGAAAUAUAGUUUUGAAUUUUGUCUAACAUUUUUGCUGAGGGACAUUACAUUAUUUUUUUUUAAUACAAAACUGCAGAAACUGCAUAAAACAGCCUCAUAUUGAGAUGGUUGUAAUGAAAAUUUUGACUUAUUAUGUAGGAAACAGUAACUGUGUGAAAUAACUUGUACUAUAUUACUUGUAAUGAUUGUAGUCUGAAACAUAUUCAUAAUUGAAACAAAUAAGUUUUAAUUAACAUUUAAUUAAGUAAAGUUGGAACAAUUACAAUAUUAUGAUUUUCUAGAAAUAUUGAAUUACUGUCAUUUGAAUAUUUGAUAAACUAUUUGAAGUUCAUGUUAUAAUUUACCAGUUCAUAGUAAUAAUCCAACUGGAUGUCUUGUAUUUUUGUGAUGAUCCAAUUGUAGCAACUGUACUAGUAGAUCGUAGUAAAUCUCGUAGUAAAUCCACGCACCUUGCUUGAAUUUUAUGAAUGAAAUGUACUGACAUGCGCAGUGGAACCCAUGUGUCCCUUGGGACGAUGUUUCAAUAAAAACACUAUUUUUACGUUUCGGCAACUGUUUUCAAAUACUCUUUGUAAUUCCUUUUAGUAUUUGUAGUCAACGUCUUCAAUGUUUUGUAGAUGUUAAUGCUCGCUAUCCUUGAUAUUUGUCAUUUUGGUUCGCCGGUGACACACAUAACUUUUGGCAAUGUUGUUUACGUAUUGUGACUUCCGGUGAAGUUUUAUUGGUGUAUUUUUAGCUACUAUAGAAAUUUGUUUAGUACCAUGUAAAAUUUGUUUAUUAUAUGACUGUUACUAAAAUUGUAUAUUAUUAUGAUUUUUGUAAUUUAUUUGAGAUUUCAAAUAUUUCGUUGGACAGCAAGCGCGCGAUCCAACAAUUUUCCAACUUUGCCAACAAUCCAACAUUGACGUAAUUUCGACGCUUGUUCGUCAGUUCUGCUUAAAUCUUUGGUCGUUACAGUUAGUAUUUUAUUUCGCUCAUCAGUAAUUUUUGUCAAAAUGGUUAAUUUUUCUCACAAACUUCAUUUUUUUUGGGGGUUAAAUUGUAAAGGAAAAUAGUAAAUUUAGCGUUUUCUAAGUUAGAAAGGAAUAUUUCAUUUUUAGCGGACUCUUAGGAGCCGGACUCCUACAUUUUUGAUCUUUUGCUUAAAGUAUUUUAUUCUUUUAGUAAAUUUAGGAAAGUUCUUAAAACUGUUUUAAAAUAUCUUUUGGGUUAAUUAUUGUAUUAUUGCUGGCAAAGCUUAAUUUCAAGUUUAUCUUUUAAAGUAAGAAUUAAUGUUAUUGUACAUUUAAAUUUAAAAUUGUAAUUCACAUUUACUGUUAACGUUUGUCUUAUUUUUUUAAUAAAUACAAUUAAAUAGGAAAACAUUUGGCAAUUAAGGGAUAAUUUCCUAAAGGUCUGGAAAUUAUAAUAAACAAAACAGUUUAUGUAAGGUAUAAACUGUAUUUCAUUGUUAGUUUUUAUUCAGGAAAGGUUCUGAAUAUAACUAAUAAUAAUAAACAUUUUUUUAUGUAACUGGUGAGGUAUCAGUUAUUACUAUAUACAAAAAUGUCAGAAAAAGGUAUUCUGACUAAAUUCACUUGAAAUUAGUAUUUUCUGUAAGGGUAAUUUAUUUUCUUGGUAAUAUAGCAGGACUCAGCCUUUUAUGUAUUUUUCUAACAUACCAACAUACAAUUAUAUUGGUAAUAGCAAGUGUUAUAUUUUUUUUAAAAUUGCACGGACAAAGUUAUCCUGCAAUCAUAAAGAUUUUAUUAAUCAUCUCUUGAGUGUAGAGAUAAAUUAUUACAUGUAUACUGAAUAGAUUCUUGUCAUAUCAUUUAAGAGUCUAUAAUUUAAUUAUCUUAUUACUUAAAAUUGUUGUUUAUCCUGAAUAUUAAUGAAAAUCUCUGAUUCUCAAAAUGAAUAAAAUAUAGAAACUUA